GUUUAGAACGGUCACACUAAAUUUACGACUCACAAAGGCUUAGAAACAAAUAAAUUAAAUGGGAGGCUCUAGCUAUGAUGUGCUGCGAAAGCAGGCCCGCACACUCGAAAAUGAAAUCGAUCUGAAACUUGUGGCAUUUAGCAAGAUUGGAGCUGGUGGCAUUAGCAACAGCAUAACAGCUGACACAUCACCAUUGUUGGGAGAACAUGUCUUCGAAUCCCUGUCGGAGGAGAUUGAGCAAAUGCUGGAAAAGUUAUCAUCGCUAAACGAAUCCAUGUCUGACCUGCCCGCAACAGGUGCAGCCGCCAUGCACACUCUGCAGCGUCACAGGGAAAUACUGCAGGGCUAUCGACAGGAGUUCAAUAAGAUUUGCGCUAAUCACACUACGCGUAUCGAGCGGGAGGAACUGCUACGUGGUUCGGGCUUGGCCACCACCAGUACCGGUAGUCCAUCGAUUUCGGGACUAAGUCGUCGGGAAAUGUAUAUGAAGGAGAGCGGCCACUUGGGCAGUGCCAGCCACAUGAUCAACGAUCAGAUCAACAUUGCCAUCGAGACGCGAGAAAAUCUGCAUGCCCAGCGGCAUGCCUUCAAGCGAAUGCAGACACGCUUCAAUGACAUAUCGAAUCGUUUUCCCUUAAUAUCCAGUCUUAUUCAACGUAUUAAUAUCAAAAAACGCCGGGAUUCCCUUAUUUUGGGAGCCGUUAUAGGGUUCUGUGUCAUUUUGUUACUGCUAUAUGCUUUUAACUAACGUUUCCAAUUCCGCCAAAAAGGGCACUCCAAAGAUGAACUUGACUCAACUUCUAAUAUCCGCAGUUUCCGUAUAUUUCUCUCCGUUUCAUGGUAUUUGUGUAUAAUUAAAUUGUGAUAGAAAUAAAAUUUAAUAUUUAGGUAAUCAUUCACAUAUAA